AUGUCAACGGUCACCAUCACAGGCAGGUCGAAGUGCGCACAGCCGCCAUUCGCGGAGGACCAAUUGCUCGCGAUCAUUGAGGAUAAAAAGGAAAUCGACCCUACUGAAUUAGUUGCUGUCAUUGGGCAAGCGUUGGAUCGGAGUUCCUCGAAGCACAAGUUCAUUGUCCAUUUCACCAACUUCUAUAUCGGCCAGCAAGAUCUCGAUUUGAAGAUAGAUACUGAUUUCGCUGCGUUUUGGGAUUCGGCGAAGGAUGGGUGUGUUACUGUGCAGAUAAAGAAAGAGUCGUUGAAGCUGCUGCUGCUGCCGGGGGUGCUGAAGGGGUCGGCUGGGGCGGAGAAGGAUACAAAGUUGGAGUCUGGGGAGUCGCAAAUGCAAGCUGCCGAGGAAGUCAACGGUGAGGACAAAGAGACUGCUCCGAGUGCCACGGCGGCGGAGGAGGAAGUUGGCGGUGCAAGUGCUCAAGUAACAGCAGCUGGUGGAGAUCAAAUUGAAAGUCACCAAGAAAACGUAAUUGGAAAAGAGGGGCCUGCCGGUGUCCAGAUCCCGCCUAAUGCAUCAGUUUCUGCAUUAUUGAUUACGGUCUACUGGAUCAGCUUGUGA